UACUUUAACUUUCUGAAUGGAUCCUCGGUUCAGCGGCCAAGAUGUCCUGUGCUGUGACCUAUGUGGGACUCCUGUUCCCCCAAUGUACUGUGACUUUUGUCUUGUUAAACUCUGUAAGGCCUGUGUAGGGGAGCAUCUCUCUGAUUUAUCUAAAGAACAUAAAGUGGUACCAUUCAAACAAAAGAAAACAACACCGAAAUAUCCAAAAUGUCAGACCCAUGUUGAAAAAUCAUGUGAACUUCACUGCAAGAAAUGUGAUGUUCCUGUCUGUUUGUUCUGUCUUUCAUCCAACACCCACAAAGGACACAAUUUAUUGAAUUUACUGGAGGAGAAUAAAUCAAAACAAGAGAUUAUAGAAAAAGAUCUUCAUGAAUUAUUAAAUUCAGUAUGCCCUAAAUAUGAGGAAAUUUUAGCAGAGAUACAGAUAGAAAAAGCAGACCUGGAAAAACAUUAUGAGAAACUGACAACAGCUGUCACAAAUCAAGGAGAAGACAUGCACAAAGAAAUUAACAUUUUUGUCCACAAAAAGAAAUCUGAAAUUUGUGAGAUGAAAUCGAAACACCUGACUGCUCUGAAUGAACAGGAAAAUGACAUAAGAGUGAUAACUGCUGAUUUAAAACAAUGCAUAGAUGAUCUGAAGAAAAUAUUGGACACCAAUGAUGUCUCCCUAGUAUCUGAGUACAAAUCCAAGAAUGCUUUAUUCAGAAGUUUACCUCCUAAAGUCAACGUUUCAUUACCAACUUUUUCUCCUCAUCAUAUCAACACAGAACAGCUCCAUCAAAUAAUUGGUUCUCUUUCAGAAUUGUCCAUUACAACAGAAAAAUAUGGCUACACACGGAAGUCAUCUGAAGCUGAAUAUUGUCCUCCAGUCAAACCAUUGCUAGAUGAACCAGUGCUCCUCACCACCAUAGACACUGGGUAUCUCCUACACAGUGUUUCCUGUCUCCGUGAUGAAGAAAUCUGGACAUGUGGAGAUGACAACAUCAUGAAACUCUACAACCCAAAGGGCAAGCUACUGAAAUCAAUCAAAACUAAGUCAGGGAAUGCCCCACGUGACAUAGCAGUGACAAUGAGUGGAUAUCUAGUUUAUACUGACCCCGAACUAAGAACUGUAAAUAUCAUGAAGAAAAAACAGGUACAAAAAGUGAUCAGACUACAGGGAUGGAUACCUCUCUAUGUCUGUAGUACCUCAUCUGAUGACCUUCUGGUUACCAUGAACAGGGAUGAUAAUCAACAAUCAAAAGUUGUCCGUUACUUGGGUUGCACAGAGAAACAAACCAUUCAGUUUGAUAGUAAUGGUAAACCACUGUAUUCAUCUGUUUACAGUAAAUACAUUAGUGAGAAUAGGAACCUGGAUAUCUGUGUGGCUGACGUUGGAGCCUAUGCAGUAGUGGUGGUUAAUCAGGUAGGAAAAUUCCUAUUCAGAUACACUGGUCAUCCCUUUACUUCCGAAGAAUCAUUUAAUCCCGUCGGUAUCACAACAGACAGCCAGAGUCAAAUCCUGACAGCGGACUGUUACAACAACUGUAUCCACAUCCUAGAUCAGGACGGGCAGUUCCUCCGUUACAUUGAUAACUGUGAUCUACAGUUUCCAUGGGGAUUAUGUGUAGACACUAGAGACAACGUUUUUGUGGCAGAGUAUUACAAUGGUAAAGUGAAAAAAAUUAAAUAUUAGUAAACAUCACGCUUUUUAGAAGAUGCCUUUGUAAAAAUUGGUCAGGGUAGAAAGAACAAAAUAACAAUUUUCUGAUGUAUUAU